AUGCGAUUGAGAACCUCCACAAUAGACUCGACAACUCACUAUCUACACCGGCCAUGGCGUAUCAAGCCAAAGUACAGACAGGACAUUGCAGUGGCCACAUUCUUUGCGGGCGAAACAGCCCCCGGUGAUAACGAAGAAGAAGACAGCUACUUCAUCGCCAUUCGGACGUUAGCAUAUCAACUACGACAUUCACCACAAACCCGCCUUGACCCAAGCAUCCCCUUUAUAAUCCUGGUGGCACCCGAAGUAAUACACGAGAAACGAAAACAACUCGCCGACGAUGGCGCGAUAGUGAUUGAAGUUGAUAACGUCAAGACCAAUCUCACCGUGGAUGUACCCCGCUGGCGCAACUGCUGGACGAAGCUCCGCCUCUUCGAUCCACAGAUCCUCCCAUUUGAAAGAGUCCUCUUCAUGGACGGGGACACCGUCCUGACCCGGCCCAUCGAUGGGGUAUUCGACGACCCGGCAGCUCAGGUCAGAGACUCCAAGAAUGUAGCUGACCAGCUCAAAUUGGACGAAGUUCCUCUGCCGACGACGUAUCUUUUUGCCGGGAAGCCGGAAGCCUUUACUUACGAUCAUCAUUACCCACCUGAUAUGUCUGGCAAUUAUUUGAAUGCGGGGUUUUUUGUGUAUUCACCCUCGAAGGAGAUCAUGCAGUACUACAUGUCCGUCCUAGGAUUGGGAGGGCGAUUUGAACCGAACAUGCCAGAGCAGAACUUGCUCAACUAUGCUCACCGUAUGGAAGGGAAUAUGCCGUGGCAGAAGCUGCACUAUAGCUGGAAUGUGAAUUUCGUGAACCCCGAGGAUCUGAAGGAAAAGCCAGCUUCGUUACAUGUGAAGUCUUGGGAUGAGAGUCUUCAGCAAGAAGUGAUUAACUACGCUUUGAGAUGGAGAUGGGAGAUGGAGGGCUUUUGGGUAGGAGUUAAUCAGAGUAGGAAGGGGAUCUCGAGUUUAUUUUAA